UCCCUGACCCCUUGAACACAAUGCGAUUCUGAUAGCAGAAGUCACAUGUAAGGGUCAAGUGUAGACACAGCCAUAGACUUGCAUGUUUUUUCAAAAAGGAACGACAGCUUUUUGGAAAUGUUUGGAAAGUGUUGGGAAAAUUCCUUAUCAACGUUUUGUUGUAAUAAGGUUAAUUGAGACGGAAUCAGCCUUUUCAUAACGAGCUGCCAUCUGAUUGGUCCUCACUAAUUAGGCCUAAUUCAUUGCCCUGUAGUUGAUUUUACCUGCGUGUUGGCCUCUAUGCGCAUGUGCGCAGAAGCAUCAAUCUGGCGAUGUCUUCCGAACAGAAGAGAAACAUAGUUGUGUUUUUAUGUGUAAUAACUGUAGCUAUUUCUAACUUGUUCUGUGGUGCAUUGAGUGUAGAAAAGUUKAAUGGUUUUAAUGCGGAUCAUGAAAAGGCGUCAAAUGCUGACAGAGAACCGAUGAUCAACACAAAAGAAGACGUCAAGCACAAAMCUGAGUACCUGGGCGGACUGGCCAUUCUUCGGCGCAAUCUUCGACCCACUGUUAAUAAUUCCAGCAUUCAAGAACAGAGUGCAGAGUCCAUUGACGUUCCUGAGAACUCCAUAAAUAAUUCGAGUCAACCCAACAUUGAUCUAAAGUCAACUGAUUUGCGGGCGCCUUUGAAUGUGCGUAAUGGUUUCAAUGUCCAGAAAAGAUCUCUGGAUUACAAUGCUGGACAUCAGGCAGUCUUYAAAGGUUUUGAAGGCCCUGGUUUUCAAGGGAAGGUCUAUGGUCCAUCAGCUGACCACAACCCCCACUCCAGUGAAUGGCUGUCGAUGAGGCCUCUGGUCCAGUGUAAUGACAACCUCAUGAUGCUCACUGCAUCUGGACGAGGAUACACACAUCUACUGGUGGAUAGAGCGGGCACCWCUCCCAUCUCCCUGUUCCAGCUGCCGCCGUCCUGUGGCUACCAUGUGAAGACUACCUGGAGAGAGAUGGUGAUGAUGGCACCAUACGAUGGAUGCUACAUCAUGCAGGAGCAUGGUAGUUAUGUCCUGCCCAUGCUGUGGUGGGGCAGCCCUGUGAAGAUCAUCUGCCCAGUCCCCCACCCUGACCCCCGACCCCACCCUGUCCCCCCAAACUCUGUCCCCUCAGUACUCUGCUCCCACUUUGGCAUGGCCAUCCAGAUACAUGGAGGGGAGGAGGUCAUACACACAUUACAGGUCAUAGAGAACGGCGAGUGGGUGCCGUUUGUGUCUGAAGAGUGUGCCUACCAUGUGGAGUCCCACUCAGAAGACCUCAUCUUUUAUGUUCCCUUUACAGCCCCAUGUGUGACCAUCAGAGAUGGAGUUCAUCGACUGGUCCUAUUGGACGGCCAGGACUUCAUCCUCUCCUGCCMCUCAUAUCCCCCUCCUCCAUUUCCCUUCUUUCCCUCUCCUCCAUUUUCUCAACCCUUCUCUCCUGGUGACCCACAGCAGCAGAUACCUGACCCUGUGACUUUUGCUCYCUCCACCAGCCCUCCCCUUACCUCUCCUCCCAUCACCCCUUAUACUCAACCCCCAGCCCAGGAACAGAUGCCCCAACUUCCUGCGUUCCCCCACCACCUCCCUCAUGGCAUGUAUCCCCAAAUUCCCCAUUUCCCUUACGGUGGAGCUGGUUAUCACCCUCUCCUCCACCCUGGUCACGAUCCAUACCCUGGCUCCCAUCAGCUUCUCCCAGGGAGAUACCCAGGCCAGCAGCCCUUCUUCCCCAUGGGGCCUGGGAAUCACCCCUACGGCUCUGGAGACCACCGUGACUCCUUUUACCUCUCCCCGCCCCCGCCCCCUACCCACAAUCCAAUGCUCAACUAUUAUAAUGAAAUCACCCCUGGUGUCCACCGUCCUUCUGUUGUCGAUCCUACUCCUCUUAUAGCUAUCCGGCCUCCUCCUCCCGCCGCUUAUACCAAACCUCCUCCUCCCGCCGCUUAUACCAAACCUUCUCCUCUUCCCGCCGCUUAUACCAAACCUUCUCCUCUUCCCGCCGCUUAUACCAAACCUUCUUCUCCUCUUCCCGCCGCUUAUACCAAACCUUCUCCUCUUCCCGCCGCUUAUACCAAACCUUCUUUCUCUCUUCCCGCCGCUUAUACCAAACCUUCUCCUCUUCCCGCGCUUAUACCAAACCUUCUCCUCUUCCGCCGCUUUAUACCCAAACCUUCUUCUCCUCUUCCCGCCGCUUAUACCAAACCUUCUCCUCUUCCCGCCGCUUAUACCAAACCUUCUCCUCCUCCACCUCUCGAUACUGAACCUGUUCUUCCUGUAACACCUACUGCCAUUGAACGUCAUUCUUACCCCAUUGUUACCGGAUCUCCUCCUCCCCCUUCUGGAUCCAAACCUUCAUCACCYGUUUUCCAACCUYCAAAACCACCUGCAGAUCCAAAUGACCCAUAUGGGGUCCACAUGACCAUCAAUCAGGCCCUGAUUACUGAAGAGCCCAUGUCUGCUACUGRGAGCCCCAAUCCUGAUCCCUAUACCCAACCUAAAUGGCCUGUGGGUCCAUACUAUUACCCCUAUGGUCCUUACUACCCCCCAUCUGGUCCUCACCAUUACCCCUUCAUACCCAUCUACUACCCCUUGCCUAGCCCAGUCACGGCUAGUCCUCCCCAGACUCUCCCUUCAGGUACUCUUGACCCUACAAUGCCCACGGUCUACCCUCCCCACCUCUACCCUCAGCCAGUCACCUGCACUCCCUCUGCCCAUACCAUCUGUAGCUAUUACCCAUAUCCCUUGGAUGUGCCACACUACCAGCCACACCACCCAUAUCCUCUCUACCUGACGCCCAGCCCCCCUCUGACCACCCUAGCCCUUCUCUCCACAGGCACAGCUCUGCCUGGGGAGAGCCAGGAGAGGGGGAGGGCGAGGGGAGAGCCCAGGAGAGGGGGAGGCCGAGGGGAGAGCCCAGGAGAGGGGGAGGGCCGAGGAGAGGGGGAGAGGCCGAGGGGAGAGCCCAGGAGAGAGGAGGGCUGA